AUGCGCCAGUUUCUCGGCGGCCUUUUGCUCCUUCUGUUGGUUGGCUUUGUGGCCACUUCACAUGCAGUGCCUAGUAGUGCAGGUGUCACAAUCAUCAUGGGACCAAGUGACCUAAAUCAAGCCGCUAUAGAGAGCUUCUUACGGUGCCUCGAUGGGACUAGUGUUGACUACCGAAUAUAUGUUACCCUAGGUGGUGAAAUAGUAGUCAUACCAGCCCAGCAGCGGUCGCUUGAUACUACCGGUAUUGAUUAUCAAUUGGCGCAAUCCUAUCCUGAUAAGCAACAUGAUACAGCAGUACCAUACAGGCAGGCUACGUAUGAGUCGCUCGCCGGACAGGGCGCCAAAGGACAACAACCUGUCGGCACGAAGCCUACAGCUACGGGUACUCCAAGAAAUGAAACAUUGGGUCAUCAUCAAUCAAAGAGGAGCUUGAUCAUGCCACAUGUCACGUUGCAUUACUAUGGUCAUCCCGAAAAGGCUGCGGAAGUCAUGAUUUAG